CAAAAGCUGCAUCUCUUUUUAGCCUUGCGACAGCAUCUAUAAAGAGCUCAUCUAUCUUUCCUGUGGCAGAGGCGUCUGAAACAACACACACUUUCCUGUAGCGUGAUACAGGGGAAUUCAGAACACGAAAGGAGAAAUUUUGAAGACAUCCUCUUUCCCGUGCAAUGGAAUUCUAGUUGACUAUGGCUGUCAAAACAGGUUUGCAUCCUUGACAUCUACAUUGACGAUGGCGUGGACGGUGUCUCUGAGUAACCUGGUGUUAGCAGUCUACGGAUUCACACUGAUCACAGGCCUUCCCGCCAACGUCUUGGCUUUCUACACCUUCUUCCGGAAGGUCCGCCAGCGCUCCACCCCGAUGGACGUGCUUUUACUCAGUUUAACCAUCUCUGACCUUAUCUUCCUCUUUUUCCUGCCGUUUCGCAUGGUGGAGGCGGCCAACAUGAAAUGGACGCUGCCUUACUUCCUCUGUCCGCUGUCGGGAUUCAUCUUCUACUCCACCAUCUACAACAGCACCUUCCACCUGACGGCCAUCAGCGUGGAGCGCUACCUGGGUGUGGCUUUCCCCAUUAAAUACAAGCUCAAACGCAAACCUCGGAAUGCAGUGAUAGCCAGCGUCAUAUUCUGGGUGGUUUCAAUGGCGCACUGCAGUAUCGUCUACAUCAUGCAAUACCACGAUCAUUCGAACCCCAACUUCACCGAUCCAUCCAAACGUAACACCUGUUAUGAAGAAUUCAGCACCGAACAGCUCAAGAUCCUCCUUCCGGUUCGCCUGGAGCUUUUCGCGGUGCUCUUUCUCACGCCGUUCCUCAUCUGCUGCUUCUGCUACAUCAAAUUCAUCCACAUCCUCUCCAAUCUGCCCAACAUCAACGCCAAGAAGCGGUAUAGAGCCAUCGGGAUGGCGUUGGGCACGCUUCUGGUCUUCAUUAUCUGCUUCAUGCCCUACAACAUCUCGCACGUGGUUGGAUAUGUAGGCAACUACAGCCCCGACUGGCGAGUGUAUGCGCUGCUCACCAGCACGUUUAACGCGUGCCUCGAUCCGUUCAUAUUCUACUUCUCUUCUUCAGCGCUUAGAGGAACUUUCAAGAACGUCUUCCAGGAGCUGUCGAGGCGGCUGCUCGUGCCCUGCUGCCGCUCGCCUCUCUAUUGUCCUCUGUUGAACUGUUCGAGCACAGAGGAGAAAACUCAGAGCACGACCGACAGCUCUUUGUAACAUCACAAGAUGGAACGUAGAGUUUGAUUCGAUUGACCUGUGAACGGUGUUUUCUUCAGACUGCACAUGCUGAUCAGUCCACAGCAAAUGAACGUAAUUCUGAUGCGCAGCUUAAUGGACCUGUAUAAUGGACCACUAUUAUUAUGGAGGUUCCAAUAUUUUUCCCAUUCUUUUUUUCCCAUAGAGAUUUUAAAAAAAGUCUUUGUUAAAGCACUGUAAGCUGUGAAUCAAACCAACCAGCUAUGAGGGUGAUUCACAGCAUUACAAACUAAAUAAUUAAAAAAUUAGACAAAAAGACAAAGGUACAAGAUUUAACGACUUUAUAGAGGGAGAACUACCAUGAAGCAUUGUGAAUUACAUAAUCGAAUUUAACAUGAUGGAGAAAUAUAAAAUAUGAAUUUAAUGUUUAAACAUAUAUAU